AAUCAGGCUAUUUGGAAUAAUAUAGCCGCUGCUAAUCAGCAAGCUGCAGCACAUGCCAAUGCGCUGUAUCUACAGACUGCAACCCAAAAUGCGCUGACAACAUUCAAUUCGGCAGCAUGCCAGAUUAAUACAGCGUAUGGAGCACAGUUGGGAUGGAAUAGUGUUUCGGGAACUUCAUGGAACUGUUGAGGCUUAUAUUGAACUGAAUUCCUUGGCAUAUCAUCCAAUAUGCAGAAUGAUUAAAUAAAGUUUGAAGUUGGUUCAGAUCUUGUCGAUAUAUUAUCAUGACAUUGGCUGAGCGGUUUGCAUUGAUUGAAAGGGAUAGAGCUGUUGCUGCCAAGACUCGAGCAGUUCAUCCAUCAUCCUCUACAACUGUUCAGAAAAGACUUGAGCCAUCCACUUUUAACAAAAGACUUGAUGCAAAGACUGCUGCAACUCUCUUGAAGCAGCAACAACAGACUGGUCAUAAAAUGUCCAAUUCUGCUGCCAGUAUGAUGACCAAGCAAAGUAAUGGUCGUACUAAAGCAUCCAAGACCAUUUCAGUGGUCAAACCCCUUGUAAAGCGUCUUGGACCCAAACCAGGUCCAAUUGAGAAUCGUCUUGGCAAGCGGCUUAUUGACCGGUUAGGUGAUAAACCCACUGCUGCUGGAAAGACUAAAGCUGUAUUACGCUCCAAGAAAGCAGGAAAGGUAUCCAAGACUAUAGUAUCCAACUCGACUCCU